AUGUGGGAUGAUAUUGAACUUCUAACUAGUGAUGACACAGGAAGUGGCUGCCUAAGUAUUGGCUCAGGAGAAGAACAUGGAACAACUUUAUAUCAAGUGGAUACAUUAGUCAAGAUAUCAUCUGAGAAGGCUUCCUUUUCUCCCAAGUUACAUGCAUGCAGCUCAAGCGAUGGGUUUGUUAUCGUGGUUGAUCAGUCAGUGACACUUUUUGACAAUAUUUGUCGGUCUCUCCAGCUGCAUCUUCAAUUUGAUACUAAAGUGGAUGUGGUUGGCUUGUGUCAAGGAGGAGAGUUUCUUUUGGUCGGUGAGAGAAGUGGCAACUUACAUCUUAUUCAUGUGACAUCAAACCAGACGUUGCUUACUAAUGCAUUUGUUCAGCAAGCACCAGAUGAAAAUCAGUGUACUUAUCAGGAUCUGAUCAUAGAAGAAGGUGGUGCAAAGGAUGGUAAAUUUCAUGUGUUCCUUCUUACUUACAAUGGAUUGUUUUGCAUUAUGGAUCUACAGCUUACACAAAUUCAGGAAGCCAUUGAGAAGAAGGACUUCACAGCAGCAAAGGAGUUACAAGGACAAACCAAGACCAGUUUUAUAACUACUGAAAAUUAUCAUAACUGUGGUUGUUUAAGCUUUGUGAUUGGAGAUUUAACAAGUGAAAACCAAGUGAUAAUUGGGGGAACUGGUGAUUUUGUCCUCUCUAAGUGGGAGCUAGACCCUGAGAACAAAGUGGCGGCAGUUAAGAAUUUUAUUGAUUCAGACAUGAUUAAAGGUGCUAAGAAGAUUCAACUUACAGACAAUCUGCUUUUCAUUUUGGAUACUGCUAAUGUAUUGAGCUUAUGGGAUAUUUAUACGCUAAUUCCUGUAUGGAACUGGCCGUGUACCCAUUUUGAAGAUUUUAUUCUUACCACAGAGGCAGAUUCUUCUUCAUCAGUCACUUGGGAAGGUGUUAUCAAUCUGAAAUUAAUAGCUCUGACUACUUCUAGUAAUCAGAUGAGAAACCUCAUGGUUUAUUCACUGCCUACAAUGACCUUGCUCUAUUCUUUGGAAGUUUCUGCUGUUUCUUCACUUGUCAGGAUGGGAAUCAGCUCAGAUACAAUUUACCUUUUGGAAGGAAUUUAUGAAAGUGACCACAAGUCCCCUGAAGGCUCAGUGUCCAUGAUAGUACUUAGGUGUCUAACAGAAGCCUUACCAGAAAAUAGAUUGAGUAGAUUACUUCACAAGCACAAGUUUACAGAAGCUGAAAACUUUGCCAUCAGUUUUGGACUGGAUGUUGAGCUUGUUUAUAAGGUAAAAUCAAAUGACCUAUUGGAGAGAAUGGCUUUGUGUUCAGUAGGCACCCAUGGGCCAACAGUUUGGCAACAGCUUGUGGAUGAAGCUAAAGAAAGUUUAUGUAAAAUCCAGGAUGACCAGUUUGUGGUGGACUACUGCUUAAAGGCUCAGUGGCCAACCUUCGAGACAACUCAGGAAAUGCUGAAUUAUGCCAAAGUCAGACUUUUAAAGAAAGAAGAUAAAAUACCUACUACCUUUUCAAAUGGCUUAACAGAGGUAUUAAAAGCCCGUGCAAAGUUGGCUACUUUUUAUGGAGCAUUUGGACCAGACAAAUUCAGUGGAAACAGUUGGAUUGAAUUUCUGAAAAAUGAAGAUAUUCUUAAGGAUAUCUGUCUUCAGCUAAAAGAGGGAAACCUUUUUUGUGCUCAGUUUCUUUGGCUUCGCCAUCGGGCAGAUUUUGAGAGCAGAUUUGAUGUGAACAUGUUGGACAAUUUGCUGAGCUCAAUUAGCACAAGUAUCCCCAUGGGAGCACUUUGUCUUUGGCUUCAGAGUGAUGUGAUUCCAUUUGUUAAAAGAAUCUUACCAGAAGGGCAGGGAAUCCUUGCAAAGUGGUUAGAGCAAGCAGCGAGGAAUCUUGAAUUAACUGAUAAGGCAAACUGGCCAGAGAAUGGACUUGAGGUGGCACAAGUGUUUUUUACAUCUGAAAAUCCAGAUUCUUUAGGACUGCUCUCUUCCUUUCACUGCAUCCCACUGAAGGAUUGGGAAAACACUGAAGAAGUCUGCCAUUUGAAGGAGCUGGUGAAUAAUUUGCAAGAACUGAUCAAACUGUACAGGAAAUACAACUGCAAAUUAGCUCUGUCUGAAUUUGAGAAGGAGAACACAACGACCAUCGUAUUUCGGAUGCUUGACAAAGUUUUGGCCCCAGAACUUAUUCCUUCUAUCUUAGAGAAAUAUGUCAAAUUGUACAUGAAGGAGCAUAACCUGGAAGAGGAACCACUUCUUUUGCUGUACAUAAAGGAUAUGUUGGAGAGAUAUAGUUGCAAAUCUGCAUCACUCUUUGAAACUUCCUGGGAAUCCAAAGCCAUGGCGAUCAUAGGCUGUUUGUCUGAUACAGAUCUCAUCUUCGACGCUGUGCUGCAGAUCAUGUAUGGAGCUGUGGUGCCCUGGAGCACAGCUGUAGAGCAGCUGGUGAAAAAGCACUUGGAAAUGGACCAUCCCAAAGUCAAAUUGUUGCAGGAAAGUUACAAAUUAAUGGAAAUGAAGAAGCUUCUACGAGGGUAUGGAAUAAGAGAUACAAAUCUUUUAAACAAGGAAAUAAUGAGAGUUAUCAGAUACAUUCUUAAACAAGAUGGUCCAACCUCUCUUGAGGAUGCUUUAAAAGUAGCCCAAGCAUAUCUGUUGUCUAAAGAUGAAAUCUACAGCUUAAGAGUGAUUGACUUGAUGAGCAGGGAGCAGAGUGAAGAAUGCCUGUAUCUCUUGAAAUCCCUGCCUCCUGCUGAAGCUGAGAAAACUGCAGAAAGAGUGAUUAUAUGGGCACGCUUAGCAUUACAGGAAGAGCCAGAUGACUCCCAAGAGGAGAAGCUAGAGAGGAUAUCAAUAGCAAGGACAACUGUAAACAUUAUAAAAGUACUACGUGACAUUCAGAAAGAAAAUCCUCUGAAGAUGGAUGAAUGUGAAGAAAACUUAAAACUAUUUAAAACCAUUAGGAGCUUACAGGAGGAUUUUGAGCUCUUCCUUCCACUUGAUGACUACAGGAAUCAUUCACUGGUAGAUGGACUUCACAAAGAACCCAUUAACUCUCAGGAAGUUUCCCAGCCCUGGCAAAAAUCUAGGAGGACCCCAGAGGAGACUCCUAGUGAUUCAAAGAAUGCAUCUCUUCAAACGAGUUUGUACAGGCAGACUCUGUGUUUGUUGGUGUCAGAGCAAGACCUGGAGGCUGAAGUAGUGCUGAAGGCCUUAAAUUCAGGGAGAGUUGACGAAGCCCUCCGGCUGUGCAGGGAUUUGUUUCAAUGUCACUGCAAUCCCAACACAGGAAGAGUGCUGGUAUUGGCAUGUCAGAAGCUUUGUCAGAUGCUGGGGACCGAUACUCCAAUGAUUGUGCCUGAUGGGUUGAACCUUCCUCUGGAGAUCUAUCAGCUGGCCUGCCAGGCAGCCACCGUCUGUAGCCCAGAUUUUUUACUAGAUGCUCUGGAAAUGUGUAAAUAUACUUUAACUGCUAUGGAGAUUUACAGACAGUGCCAGAUGGAAGAUUGUGGAACUCUAACAAAGACUUCCUUUGGAGCUGAUAGGGAUCCGUAUGAAGAAUGGAUAUACAAUGACUUCUUCAGUGAAGAUGGAAUUGUUCUUGAAUCCCAACUGGUACUGCCAGUUAUCUAUGAACUGAUUUCAUCUCUUACACUUGAGUCUGGAGGCAAAAGAUACCCUUUGGAUUCUGCCAGUUUGCCAUAUUGCUCAUUUCUUAAAGGAAAGAAUCUUCUUUUACCAAUCAUCAAUCCUGUCUUAGCUCUGCUUCAGAGCCUGCAGGAAUCGAGCCAGUGGGAGCUGGCUCUGAAAUUUGUAAUAGGUUCCUUUGGCAUCUGCCUUCAGCAUGGAAUGUCCAACUGCAUGAAUAUCUCCUUAAGUGAGAAGCUGUAUGAAGAGAAACUGUUGGUCAGUACAAAAAAUAUUAUUGUUGGCAUGAAAGAAAAAUCCAUGAACUUGAUCAGAGAAAAUGCUGAGGCCCUGUUACACAAAGUGUUUAAUUGUCGUCUGGUGGACCAUGACCUGGCCCUGGGUUAUUUAACUCUUUUACCAAAGAAAGACGUCUUUGAAAAUAUCUGGAAAGUCAUCAAUACCACAUGGCAAAAUUACAGCAAGAUUUUGGCUGUAUCCCAGGUUGGAGCUCAACUGGCUUAUCUCUAUAAGGAAACAGAAAUAAGGCUGAAAUUCCAAGAAUUAAUCAUCGAUGCCCAGUGGGGCCUUCGCCUUGGGAAACUUGGGAUUUCUUUUCAACCAGUGUUCAGGGAGCAUUCACUAAGAAAGAAAGAACUUAUGAGCACACUGGUUCAGAAUUCAGAUGUGGAUACAACUCUCAUUCUGGAAUACUGCAGUACAUAUGGCUUGGACAGUGAUGCAGCUCUUCAGCUUUUCAUCGAAACUCUGAUUCUUCACCAUAAUCAUAUUGACCACUGUGAGGAAGACAAGGCCAUGUCUUCUCUGAAACAGCUCCACUCCAAAGUUCUGGCCAAAGCAGUCGAGAUUGUGCCCUUACUGAAAAGCACAAGCAAUUUGGUUGUGAGUCUUAGUGGCAUUCUGCACAAGUUGGAUCCAUAUGACUAUGAAAUUAUUGAAGUUGUCUUGAAAAUUAUGGAAAAAGCUGAUGAAAAGGUCACCAAUGUUGAUAUCAAUCAGGGCUUGAGUCUGAUGAAGCAUUUGAAGUCUUAUAGACGAGCGUCUCCUCCUGGGAAUCUGGAACACGAGUACAUCAUGAACCACACAAUGACCCUGUCCUCAGCUGCUCAGAUUCGGCUGCCUUUUCACCUGAUUUUCUUUGGGAAAGUGCAGAACUUCUGGAAGAUUCUUUCUGCUGAGCUCCGGGAGGAGUCCUUCCCAACAUUCCUGUUGAUUGCUAAACUAAUGAAGGUUUCUUUGGAUUCUUUGUACGUGUCAACAGUCAAGCAAGUCUUUGAAAAAAGCUUGAAACCAAAGUUGCUGAAGCAGGUGCAAGCUCAAGACUCAACCCUGAAUAACAAGGAAAUAGCUAAAACCUUCCAGACCCUGCAGUCCUAUUUAUUAUCCAUAGCUAAUCCUGAAUGGGCUGUUGCUAUUGCCAUCAAUCUUGCUCAGGACAUUCCAGAAGGUUGCUACAAGAUAACUGUAUUGAAAUUUUGCCUUUAUUUGGCUGAGAGAUGGCUAAAGAAUAUUUCAUCCCAGGAUGAAACUCAUGAGAAAGCUGAGGCCUUGUUGAAGAAACUGAGGGUGCAGUACCAGAGGUCAGGCACCGAGACCGUGCUCAUCACGCACGGCCUGGGCUCUCCAGAGCAUCUGAGACUGCUAGGAAAGCCAGCACAACUCAUUGCCAGUCUGUAUGAGCAUGGCAGCAUCCUGCUGAGGAUCCAGGGAACUGCUGACAAAGACUGUCCUGAUAUUCAUGCAGCAGCCAAGGAAAUAGCUGAAAUUAACAAUUUGGAUUUGGAAAAAAUCUGGGACAUGCUUCUUGAAAAAUGGUUAUGUCCAGCGACACAGACCAAUGAAAUACCUUCAGAAUUCUUUAAUCUUCAAGGGGAUGAAGCCCUCCAAAGAGUUCUAUAUCUCCUCCAAAUACGUCCCAUUGAUUAUAGUUCCAGGAUGUUAUUUUUGGUCGCAACAUCUUCUGUAUCUCCUUUUACUGUUUGUCAGCUGACAUUUGCCUAUAGAAGACGAGCUCUUCACUGUCUCUUAUGCUUGGCUGACAGAGAAACAAUCAAGUCUCUUUUCAAAAAGCCUUAUGAGGAUGUAAAAUGUUUUCUGAAAUGCAUCACUUUCUUGGCUGCAUUUGAAAUGUUGAACAUCCCUCUCACCUAUGAAUCAUUUAACAACAGUCCUAAAGAAGGAAUGAUUAAGGGCUUAUGGAAAAAUCAUAGCCAUGAACCUAUGGCUGUCAGAUUGGUGACUGAACUCAGUUUGGAAUACAAGGUAUAUGAUACUCAGCUGUGGAGCGGACUGUUACAGAAGCUGCUUGGCUUCAACAUGAUUAGCUAUCUGAGGAAUGUUUUAACAGCAAUUUCUAAUAUACAUUCCUUGUGGCAGAUCCCAUACUUCGGGAGAGCCUGGCAGCGGGUCUCACAGAUACCACUCAUUUCAGCCUCUUGCCCCCUGAAUCCUACUCAGCUAUUGGCCUGUUGUGAGAGUCUGGUGGUUCUUCUAGAGUGUCCUGUUUCCAUGGAUCUUGAUAUGAUUGGAGUUGCCAAGCAAUUUAGCCAACUAGAGCUUCCAGCUUUUGCCUUGGCCUGCCUUCUGCUGAUGCCCCACUCAGACAAGAGAGACCAGCAGCUCCAGAAUUUCUUGGGAUGGUGUAAUCCUGUGGCUAUUUUACAACAAAUAGAUGAACAUAUGAAUACUGGCCGGCUAGCAGGAUUUGCCUGUCAAGUGAAGGGCUUUAUUCUGAAUCACAUCAUAAAUAAGAAGCAGUUUGGGAUACUGGCAAACACAAAAUACUUUCCAUUGUUGAAAUUACAAGUGAUAAGUACCCAGAAGGUCAAGGAGUUGGUGGACUAUCUAGUCAACAAUGACAGUUUGGAUGAAGCCUUUGUCCUUAUAAUGGAAUACUUAAAGCAGUGUGGAAAAGCAGUGCCACUAGAUAUCACUCCUUGUGACUUUGUCAAGAUGUUUCUAAGUGAAUCAAAGUAA